CCCUGCCUCCGCGUCCCGGCCCAUGGCGCCCCGCGGUUGAGCCGGCGCAGCCAGGGACCCCUCCCGUGGGCCUCCCCGGGGCGCGCAGAUCCCGGAGCCGCCCGCCCACCCUCCGCGGAGCCUCCCUCCCCUCUUCGCCCGAGUCGGGCGGGACCAUGGCCGCGAAGCUGCGAGCGCAUCAGGUGGACGUGGACCCGGACUUCGCGCCGCAGAGCCGGCCGCGCUCCUGUACCUGGCCCCUGCCGCAGCCCGACUUGGCCGGCGACGAGGACAGAGCUCUGGGUGCAGGGGUGGCCGAGGGCGCUGAGGACUGCGGGCCGGAGCGCCGGGCUACGGCCCCGGCAAUGGCCCCAGCGCCGCCGCUGGGCGCGGAGGUCGGACCGCUGCGGAAAGCAAAGAGCUCCCGGCGGAACGCGUGGGGAAACCUGUCCUAUGCCGACCUCAUCACCAAAGCCAUCGAGAGCGCCCCGGACAAGCGGCUCACGCUCUCGCAGAUCUACGACUGGAUGGUCCGCUACGUGCCCUACUUCAAGGAUAAAGGCGACAGCAACAGCUCGGCAGGCUGGAAGAACUCCAUCCGGCACAACCUGUCGUUGCACACCCGUUUCAUCCGCGUGCAGAACGAGGGCACUGGCAAAAGUUCCUGGUGGAUGCUGAAUCCUGAGGGGGGAAAGACGGGAAAGACCCCGCGGCGCCGGGCUGUGUCCAUGGACAACGGGGCCAAGUUCCUUCGCAUCAAGGGCAAGGCAAGCAAGAAGAAGCAGCUGCAGGCGCCCGAGCGAAGCCCCGACGACAGCCCUCCGGGCGCGCCUGUCCCUGGGCCUGUUCCUGUCGCUGCCAAGUGGGCCGCCAGCCCGGCCUCGCACGCCAGCGACGACUACGAGGCGUGGGCCGACUUCCGCGGCAGCGGGAGACCCCUGCUUGGGGAGGCUGCCGAGUUGGAGGACGACGAGGCCCUGGAGGCCCUGGCGCCGUCAUCGCCGCUCAUGUACCCGAGCCCUGCAAGCGCGCUCUCGCCGGCGUUGGGUGCGCGCUGCCCGGGGGAGCUGCCUCCCGCCGGGCCGUUGGGUGCGGCGCCCGACCGAUUCCCGGCGGACCUGGACCUCGACAUGUUCAGCGGGAGUCUUGAGUGUGACGUCGAGUCCAUCAUCCUCAACGACUUCAUGGACAGCGACGAAAUGGACUUCAAUUUUGAUUCAGCCCUGCCUCCACCGCCUCCCGGCCUGGCCGGGGCCCCGCCUCCUAACCAGAGCUGGGUUCCGGGCUGAGGACCGCCUCCUGCGUCCUGGGUGCCCGGGUCCCUUCCCCAGGGGGCCUCUGUCUUCCCAUCCUGAUCCCCGGGUCCCCAGCCCCAAUCCAGCUCCACGGGGAGGAUCCAGGAGGCAGCCCCAGCCCUGCUAAAGACAUCGCUCCGAAGUUGACCACAGAGGGAAGAGAGAGGGAGGGGCUGGGGCACCCCACCAUUCCUGCCCCAAUUCCUGAGACCCGCUCCCCCUCCUCCCGGGGCAGAAAGCCUGGGAAAGGAGGCUGAAAUCUGGGCCACGUGGGAGUGGGAAGGAACAUGGUGGGCCACCUGGUUUGGAUGCUGGUGGGAGAGGCCAACUAGGAGACGGGGCAGGGAGCGAUUCCGAAUCUUCAGUUUCAUUUGUGGAGCCCUUGAGGUGACGUGAUGCAUAGCCCACCCCACACUCUAGUUUGAUUCUCAAUUGACACUUUUCCCUACUGGUCUUAGCCUCACCACUGGAAGCCAGCAACCCUCUCUUGAAAACUCACUCACACCUACCUAUUGCCCCCACCCCAGCAGUCCGAGGUUGCCCUCUGUAGACCCCCAUCCCCAUGGUUCAGCCGCUCCCUCACAUUCUAGCCGCCCCCAUUCCCACCCUAACCCAAUGGCAGUCUGUCCCUUUCUUCAACCCCCACAUCCCCAGUACUGGUCUCAGUCUCUUCAGCAGGCCUCAGCUCUGGAUCCACCACCCCACCCCAUCUACCACCCCUUUCUCCGUGCCAGUCCUGGCCCCUCUCCUAUAUUUAUAAGUGUCCCGUCGGGGCGGGCGGUGAGGGCGGCGUCCCCGGCGCGUAUCGUAGGCAGUGUACUGUGGCCGUGCCGUCAGCGUGUGCGUGUGCGUGUGUGCCGUGUCCAGGCCGUGUAGAGUGCAUUGUACAGCAUAUUUUCAUGAAUAAAAUUGUUUUAAAUAUUU